AUGACUCAGCUGGGCCCCUUGACUGACGCCGAUACCGAUUGGUCGGACGCUGCCAGAAUCGCUACGAGAUUGUUCCUGCUUACUCGCGCAUUGGGAGAUUGGAAAGGGUUGACAUACGACCAGGUCACUGGUCUGCGCAGGGAGCAGGAGCGAGACUUGGAUUCCCAACCCCAAGCUGGGGCGCUCAAGAAUCUACGGGCUGAUUGGCUUGCCGCGAGCGCUUUCGCCAGCCGGUGCGGUCAGCAGGACCUCUUUGCAGACAUUCGUCCGAGCGAGACAGACAUUGUUGACAACAUCGAUGCUCUGGAUAAGGUCAUGAAGACCCUGCUGUCCAGGCUGAAUACUACCGCCACCCGCGCGCAAAACGCUGAAAUUCACAGGCAGGAAGACACCAAGCACUCCCAUACUGCGGAGGAAGAAGACACAUGUUGCUCAGGAGCGCUUGACGACAUCAGCGUCUUGGGGGAUGAUGAUGUCCUACCCGUACCCGAUACCCCAGGCCCUCUUCCUAUCUCACCCAGCCCUUGUCUGGCAGCCGACGCAACGCAUACUCCUACCCCCUCUUCAGACGGUGAAGAUGAUUCCAUGUACCACGAAGGUGCCCUCCUUGCCGGCGACGACGGUGGCCAGAUCCGCAAGCUACGCGCCGCCAUCCAAGAACGCGUACCCAAUCUGUCAGAGCUGACAGAGGAUCAGAGGAAGGAGCUAUACAAAGACGGAGGAUGGGAUGAUGCGUUACGGGCCGCGGCGUGCUUUGUAGAGUUGUCGCACAUGGUGAACGCGACAAAAGACCCCACCAGGACGAUCCAGCAUUUCCACGUCCUUCGGCCUGACGACUACAGCGCAGAACAGUCCGACGCACUCGCCGAUAUCCAGUGGGCCGGGCUCGUCGCAGCGGUGAAUCACAGAGCGGAAGCGACGGGGUUCGCGAAGGACAAUUUCGUACUCUCAGACGAUGGCGCUUCACUCUUCGAGGUCGAGCGCUUGACAGAGCACGUCAACCGGGUGUGGGCGAAACAGGAGAGUUCCGUCUCGAAGCAUGAUUCACGGGAGAUUGAGCAAGGUCCCGUUCUGGGAACAUCCAUGCUCCCGCAUGACACGGAGGAGGAUCGAAGGCUAUGGGAGCGCGCCUUCGAUGAGGCCAAGAGAACCAAAUACGACAAUAUGACGGCCCGCGCUGUGUGCACAUCCCCAGUCGCGGAGACAGAUGAAAACUCGCAAUCAAACCUCCACGCGAGCGGCUCAACGAAUGACACUGGCUCUUACAUCGGCUCUGCGCUGUUCGCGGUCGGCGCGAUGAGUGUCGUCGGCUAUCUCGGGCGGGCGGCUUACAAUGCGUUAACCGGUGGGGAUGAGGACAGGUAG